CAGUACGGGAGCUCGAGACUUUGUCGAUGGCCAUGAUGACGGUCGACAACGGCUUCGAGAAUCAGUGGUGGUACCAGGGAUCAAGAGAGCCAAUAACCUGGUGGCCGAGGGACCAGGAAGAGCCGUCGAGGUUGAGCAUGAGCGACGCGAUGCUGCUUUCGGCAGCGGAACCACCGCCCAUAUCCGAGCAACCAAUUGUGGGGUUUCACGAUGCAAGCUACGAUUCCACUUUCAGCGGUGGGUCUCCCACGCUUGGAAUCGUCUCACCCAUGUCAACUUUGUCUGCGAGUCCCAAUAUACCGCUGCAAAGGACACUAACUACGCGGUCUGAGGAGUUGUUUCUGGGAACUUGAGGGGAUAGCAAGCGGGUGCUCGUGUCUAGAUCAUGCGACGACGGGGAUGACCUGGUACUUUGGUAAAGAUGGGUGGAGAAGGGAGUUGUCCCAUACUGAGGCAGCGGGUAGAAUUAAUAUAGGAUCAUCCGGGGCAUUGUAGAUAUCAUCUGGGACGGUUAUGGUGCUCUGUUAUCAGCAGGCAAAGUAAUGGUGUGCGCGAGAUUGGGCAGUUGAUCCUCGCAAGUCCGAGGGAGAGCGUCUCUGCUCCAAGGACGGCGUAGGCCAAACUUGAUAAUCCGUCUCCCUAAACCUCAGGCUAUUGCGACUCUCGCUACUAAGGUCCUUAUCCAUUGCCAGGAAUCGUUCAGAGGUCACCGUGAGUACCUGAGCAUAUCCAGUUACGUAUCUGGAAGUUUUAGCUUCCACAGUUUACGCGCUGGCCCAACUCUGUGUGACAUGUACUACACCUAGCAC